AUGGAUCCAUUUUUACAUGCAUUUUUUGCAGUUGAUCUUGAUCAUGAUGAAAAAAUCAGUAUGAAGGAUUUAAAGAAUUAUGUUGAAACAUACAAUCUAGACGAGAAAAUGAUUGAAAGCUGGAGAAAAUUAUUUGAUCCAAAUCGUACUGGCUAUAUAACACUAGCAAAGUUUUGCGAUGUACUAGGAGUAAAAAUGGAAGAAGCUCGAAAGGUUAGAGAAGAAAUUAAAAGACGUUCAACCAAUAUACUUCCAUCUGAUGUCUAUGUUAUUGCCCAACAAAUGAGUAUCACCGAUCAGAUACAAAUAAGUGAUCAAGCUAGACGUUUAUUAUUUCCACCUAAUGAACUUGAUAAUAAAGAAAUUGCUCAUAGUUUGAAAUUAUGGCUACAUAAAGUAUAUGGUCCAAUAUGGCAUGUUGUGGUAAUACGUGGAGAUUAUGGUGCAUCAUAUACGCAUUCAGAGAAUCGAUCAUUUCAAUUUCGACUACGAAACAAAUGCUUUUUAAUAUGGAAUACACCUGAUCAAUAA